AUGGCUACUGUCCUCCCGCCGCCGAGUAAACGACAGAGGCUUGAUGCAUCGGAAAGAGUAAGAGUCCAAGCUGAGCAUGAUGAGAUACCGGAUGGCCUAGGGAGCGUCAGAGUACAGUUCGUGGACCAGAGCACAGGUGGUGGGACGGGAUCUGCCAUUUCAGUUCCAAUCGCAAAUGCCACUGUAAAAAACCUGGAAAUUCUGCUGAACUCUAUACAAGGUAACGAUCCUAACGAAAGAAUACCCUACCGCUUCUCCUUUCACUCCCCCAAGCCAGUCGUCGAAGAUGGCUCAAAUGUCGUCGACGUCGUUUCAGAUCUCUAUACUUCGGUUCUAAGGCCAGGUUUAAAGAGUACUGAAGAAAUCAUCAACCUUCGAUUCACCCCGCAGGCGGUUUUCCGUGUUCGAGCGGUGUCAAGAUGCUCAGCCUCCGUAGCGGGGCAUAACGAAGCCAUACUAGCAACAGCAUUCUCGCCCACGUCAUCGGCAAUCAUGGCUACAGGAAGUGGGGAUAAUACUGCCAGGUUGUGGGAUUGCGAUACAGGAACGCCCCUUCAUACACUUAAGGGUCAUACCAGCUGGGUGCUUGCAGUCAGCUUCUCGCCGGACGGAAAUCUCCUUGCAACAGGCAGUAUGGACAAUACUGUGAGAAUCUGGAACUCGAAGACUGGGGAAGUCCUGGGAGGCCCGCUCAAAGGCCAUUCCAAAUGGAUUACGAGCCUUGCAUGGGAGCCAUUUCAUAUUCAAUCGCCAGGCAAGCCUCGGCUGGCGUCGGCCUCGAAAGACUCCACUGUGAGAAUAUGGGACGUGCCAUUGAGGCGCAUAGAAAUGGUACUGUCUGGCCAUAAAGGAUCGGUGACUUGCGUCCGUUGGGGAGGCAUCGGCAGGAUUUAUACUGCAUCCCAAGACAAGAGCAUCAAAAUCUGGGAUGGGAGGCAAGGAUCGUGUUUGCAGACGCUUUCAGCUCACUCGCACUGGGUAAAUCAUCUUGCGCUCUCAACAGAUUUCGUCAUCCGCACUGCGUACCACGACCAUACAGGCCAAAUACCCGCGACACAAGCGGAAAGGACUGACAAAGCCCAGCAGCGAUUUGGAAAAGCUGCCACCUUCAACCAAGCUAUCGUUGAGCGACUUGUCUCCGCCAGUGAUGACAACACCAUAUUCCUCUGGGAGCCGGCCACUUCAUCAAAGCCGAUUGCUAGAUUACUUGGUCACCAAAGGCAGGUCAACCAUGUUACGUUCUCCCCCGACGGAGCCUACAUUGCGUCGGCAGGAUACGAUAAUCAUGUUAAGCUAUGGAACGCCAGAGAUGGCAAAUUCAUCGCGACCUUGAGAGGUCAUGUUGGAGCAGUCUAUCAAUGCUGCUUUUCUGCGGAUUCGCGUCUACUUGUCAGUGCUUCUAAAGAUACCACUUUGAAAGUUUGGGAUGUACGGACAGGUAAGCUGUCCAUGGAUCUGCCUGGACAUCAGGACGAGGUGUAUGCGGUAGAUUGGAGUCCAGAUGGGCAGAAAGUGGGCAGUGGAGGGAAAGACAAAGCUGUCAGGAUCUGGAGGCAUUGA